UAUAAAACUAGGACUCCCGAGUAUGAUUUCCCACUUAGCGUCAAACGUCCGCCAAGAUGAAGGUCUGCUUCGCUUUUCUACUUUUGGCAGUAACUGCUGUUAUUGCUUAUCCCACAAAUGACCAGGAAGAAGAUCCAGAAUGGGUUAUGAUCCCAGAUGUCGAAGGAAACUUCUAUCCUGUUAGUAUGGAGGAGGUGAGAUUCGAAGCUGCUUUGGCAAACCGUGGUAAAACUAAGGCGAAAUUCUUAGUCUACACUCGACAAGAUAAAACGAAGGCUCAUGAAAUUGUCCUGAAUGACGCAGCUUCUGUGAAGAAUUCACAUUUCGAUGCCAAGCAUCCAACGAGAUUCGUAAUCCACGGAUGGAAUGGCGACUCUAACGCUAAUAUCAACACACUCCUUCGCGCCGCAUACUUGGAUCGUGGAGAAUACAACGUCAUUGUAGUGGAUUGGAGCUCAGGAGCUAAAACUAUCAACUACAUUGCUGCAAGGAACAAUGUCAAUGAAGCAGGUGAACAAGUCGCAGCAAUGGUUGACUUCCUCCACGAGAAGCAUGGUCUCAGUUUCGACACCACCUACAUCAUUGGGCACAGUUUGGGAGCUCAUGUUUCCGGUAUGGCUGGCAAGCAUGUUAAACACGGUCGCAUCCAUGCUAUUUUCGGUCUUGACCCUGCAUUCCCCUUGUUCUCCAUCAAUAAACCAAAUGAACGUUUAGCUACUGGUGAUGCUCUUUACGUAGAGAGUAUCCAUACGAACGGAGGAAAAUUGGGCUUUGAACAACCCAUUGGGGAUUCUUCAUUCUAUCCAAACUGGGGUAAGAAGCAACCAGGAUGUGGUGUUGAUUUGACUGGAUCUUGUUCGCAUGGAAGAUCAGUUGAAUACUUUGCCGAAUCUCUUCGUGGCAAAAAUGAAUUCUUAGGAAAGGAUUGUGGAUCUUUUGAUGAAAUCAAGGAGAAGAAAUGUGUUUCGCGUGGAGCUGCUGAGGAUAUGGGUGGUGAUCCAGCUCAUACUGGUAUACGUGGAGUAUAUUACGUCCCCGUUCAUGAUAAAUAUCCUUUUGCCACUGGAAAGGCUUAAAUUAGUUUAUGAAUGAUAGAUCAUUACGAUAAUUAAAUAAACGGAUUGACAAAAAAUUGUAUGAGUCAA